CGCCAUAAAAUUGUACUAGAAGAAGAAGAAGAAGCUUACGCAGCAUGAGUGUGACGUGAUCAGGUUACAUUAAUUCAAAAGAUUCGUAUAUUAAUUCACCAAAUAGGACAUGGAUUACUAGUAGCAAUGAUAUCACUGAUAAAGUAACGUUACGUUGUUAUUGACAAUUAUCAGCUGCUUUGUACCUGAUGUCUCGGGUUUUCAGCUUCGGCUGAUCUUAGAAAGUGCGCGUGAGCACUAGAGGGCGCGCGUGCUCAGUGAGUCCCCCUCUUUGAUGUCUGCGCCGGACUCUGCUCACUCAGACCUGCGCGUUUGAGGAGCCACACAACUCCAGGAGAACUUGUUUUAGAAAAAGAAAAGGCUACGGGUCGCCGCAUUCUUUUAGCGACGCGAACAAGCGAGCAAUUUAGCGCAGCAUGGACGAUUUAGACGCAUUGCUGGCGGACCUGGAGUCAUCCACCGCUCAUAUCUCAAAGUGUCCAGUGUUUCUCCCAGACGAGACGCCUUACUCUUUUCCCAGUAGUGGAAGCUUGCUCCAGGAUGACACUUCCCCUCCUCCUGUGCCCCCUCCUCCAUCUUCAGAGGCUUUGAACGGGUCUCUCCAAAAACAGGCUGACUCCCACCACUCCUCACAACAGUCUCUUGACUCAGCACAAAAAAGUACAUUGUCUCGAGACAGAGUUAGUCCCCCACCACCUCAUACAGAAGAGGACCACGUCUACAGUUUCCCCAACAAGCAAAAGACACCAUCAGACUCCUCAUCAGUGGCCAUGAGCUCUGCACUGGGCAACAACUUGUCUGAGCUGGACCGCCUGCUACUGGAACUCAAUGCUGUUCAGCAGAACACACCAUCCUACACCAGCACAGAAGAUGCAGCUCCCCCACUUCCUCCAAGCAGUUCAGCACACUAUAUCCAGGAAAAUGGAGCCCACUCCGGAAUUACUCCUGCUGCCAGGGACAAACCUCUGAGAAAUGGAACCAAAGGGCCAGAAGAAGGGCGUCCAACUGUGGAGAGCCUCCUGAAUGAACUGGAGGGCUCAAUACCUGCCCCAGUGCCUACCCCCUCUGGACUUCAAACAGAGGGGCACUUGGAUGUACCCUCUGAGCAACAGGGUCGAAUGUCAGCCACCUCGGCCACACGAGAACUGGAUGAGCUCAUGGCCUGCUUAUCUGAUUUCAAGGUGCAGAGCAAUCCAAGUUCUUUGGGCUCCCUAAAUUCUGAUCCACUGUUUGAUCAGCCCAACAGCUUUGCUACCAUUGCAGAAAUUAAUUCUCCUUCUGCCACGGUAGUACCUACUGCAGUUUCUCCAACACCAAGUCUCCCUUCUAAACCAAACUGCUACUCUCUACUGCCCUCCCCUCCUGUACCCUUAGAGUUACACAUAGUGGAAGAUUCCAGUGAGACUGUUCUGCGGUCCAGUGCCCUAAAAUCUGCCCCUUCUGCCCUCCACUCUUCCACUUCAAUUUCAGCUUUUUCCAGUCCUCCAUUGUCCCCUUCAAAUCCACACCCAGAUCGGGUUAUCAGUAAUUCUGACUCCAUACUGAGCACUGAGCUGGAGUCGCUUGUGGUUUUGUCCCAGACCAUCACUGCUACCACCACCACUGAAGUGUCUGCCAUCACCUCUGGCAAUCAACAGCAUAUCCCUGCCAAUACUGAGAAUCUACUUCCCAGCAAAGGGACUAAAUCAACUCUAGAGUUUUCUGUGCCUAUUGCUAAAUCUCAAAGCCCAGUGAGUCAGCGUGGAAAUAUGAAGACCUCACAUAAGGACAAUUCUUUAAUAAUUCAAGCUUCUAAUGAAGUCUGUCUUGUGACCAGUCCAGAGCCUGUUAUAUCUCCCAUCUCUACAACUGUACCUGUGAGUGAAUCACCCAUCAUACAAUCCACAUCACCUCCUAAACCUCCUUCUCCUUACAUCACCACACCUCCCAUCUCUCCUGUAUCAGUGCCCAACACCUCAAGUCUGUCAGCACUGCUACCUGAGCCAUUUGCUGUUACCACAAGACCACUUCCCCCUAUGAGGCCUGAGGCACCAGCUCUGCAGCCUUCUCUUGAUGAUGCUUUUGAUCAUCAUCUCACCAUGAACUUCAGCAAGCCUAAAUCCCAAAAUGUGCCGACUUCAGUUUGUAAGAUGAUUUCAGCAGAACACCCAGAUGUGUUUGAGGGGAUGCUUGCUGCAGUCAACCAUAGGGUGGUGCAGCUGGACAUGCACACAGAGUGUGAGGCAGGAGAUGGACUUCUUGAGGACCAGUCUGACUGCAGGAGUGAACUUCUAGACUGGACUGACAUGGAGCUGAAGCUGUCAUAUGAUGGAGCCGAUGGCUCCAUGACUCCCAUGACUGAGGCUAGCUGGAUGGAUGACUCCCUUACCCCUUCCUCCUGCCCUGGAACCCCAGAUGCCCAGAUUGACCUGCCCACAUUACAUCCUGUCAGUACCAUGGACAGGAUUUCGGCAUCUGGACAUAUCAAGUCUGUGAUCAGACGUACCAAGGAGACACCCAACAUCCAUCCCAUGUACAGGGAUGGCAUUAUUCGCAGGAAGAUGGGCCCAGUAAUCUUCCACAAAAGUAAUUCUCAGGAUCGCCUCAUAGAAGAGCUUCAGGGCAAGCUGGGAAUUGCUCGCAAGGAACGCCCCAAGAAACUACCAGAUGAUUGGCUGACCGAGGGAGUCAUUGUCAUGUCAAAUCCCAAACGCUCACGAGACGACCACAGCAGGGAGGUGGAUAAGAUUAUUAUUCCCCCUGAGUCUCCUAUUCCUCAGAGAAAAGUGAUGCCAGCUCCCCAGUCCAGCUCCCCAGCCCCUCGCCUCCCACCCCCGGCCAUGGAUCCAAAGUCCAGGCCUACACCAAAAGCUGCACCAGUUCCGCCUCCCCCACCUCCUACACACACUCCACCUAUUCCUGCCCCCUCUCAACUUCCUAGAGAAUCCACACCUCCACCUCAACUCCAUGUAGAAUUAGAGCCUCCACAAGUUGAAGUUAAGCCCCCUUCUCCUGGGCCAGUAGAGCCUCCUCCACUCCCAGCAAAGCCUGCACCAACACCACCUCAGUCACCUCCACCUGCCCCUGUUGUCCCUCCAAAAGUGCUGGUGUCUGUGGGCUGUCAGACGGAGUACAAUCCCUUCUUCUCUGCAAUGCAGAUCAUGGCUCAGGGAAAGGGUCCAAACACACAGGUCAAUAAACUAGACAACAUGCUGGGAAGCCUGCAGUCUGACUUGCAUAAGCUGGGUGUAAAGACUGUGGCCAAAGGAGUGUGUGGGGCUUGCUGCAAACCUAUUGUUGGCCAGGUAGUUACCGCCAUGGGCCGCACGUGGCACCCAGAGCAUUUUGUGUGCUCUCACUGCCAGGAGGAGAUCGGUUCUAGAAACUUCUUUGAACGUGAUGGACAGCCAUACUGUGAGAGGGACUACCAUCACCUCUUCUCUCCUCGAUGCUACUACUGCAAUGGUCCCAUUCUGGAUAAAGUAGUGACUGCUCUGGAUAGGACAUGGCAUCCUGAACACUUUUUCUGCGCUCAGUGUGGGGCCUUCUUUGGCCCUGAGGGUUUUCAUGAGAAAGAUGGGAAGGCGUAUUGCCGUAAAGAUUACUUUGACCUUUUUGCUCCCAAGUGUGGUGGCUGUGCCCGUGCCAUACUGGAAAAUUAUAUAUCUGCCCUGAACAGCCUCUGGCACCCUGAGUGCUUUGUUUGUAGGGAGUGUUUUACCCCUUUUGUGAAUGGCAGUUUCUUUGAGCAUGAUGGGCAGCCUUACUGUGAGGUUCACUACCAUGAGCGGCGUGGCUCUCUCUGCUCCGGCUGCCAGAAGCCCAUAACAGGCCGGUGCAUCACGGCCAUGGGCAAGAAGUUCCAUCCUGAGCAUUUUGUCUGUGCCUUCUGCCUCAAGCAGCUCAACAAGGGCACCUUCAAGGAGCAGAACGACAAACCAUACUGCCAUGGUUGCUUUGUUAAACUCUUCAGUUAGACUGAGUCGACAUGGUGUGUGCUUGCCUGUCUGUCUGAGUGUAUUGGAUAUGCAGCAAAGUCGGAGUUGAAAAAGCCUUAGGUUAAGGGGGAGGAAAGAGUUUAGAUAAGAAAUGUAGAGGUUUGAAUUUGUUUUUGGGAAAUGUGUGCAAAUAUGUGCUCACUGGUUGAGUGUGAAAGAAUCUGUUUUAGGAGUGUGGCUUUGGAUCAAGUUUGGAUCGGUUGACCUGUGAGAGUCUUUUCACUAUGAAACAAUGCUUUGUCAUGAGAAAUAGAAAAUGUCACAGUGCCAAAUGUGAUUAUUUGUAAUAAAUGGAUGUCGGGUCAACAGUUUGUCCAUUGUAUUUAGCAUUUGCAAGAAACCAUUUAUAUUACUGUACCCAGUGCCUUGUUUUCUAUCAGAAAUUAUGAUACAUGAAUUAUACCAAAUAUAAUAGUUUAGCACUUGAUAUGUGCAUUUGUAUGGAGAUUGAUGUUCUUGGUGUGCCAACAAUUACCAGCCAAUAACAAGCCAGCCAUGAUCACCUAAAUAUAUUGAAUAAGAGUAGGUUGGUGAUGAGAGUAAACUUGUGUAGAUAUGGAAUUAUCACACUCAUUUAAGAGAGAAGCCAAAGUUUUUGGUCUUUUUAUUCAGGGGAGCAUAAGCAUUAUGGAACUAUUUACCCUUAAAGUCAUGUUGAAAUCGCUAAAUACAACAUCUCAAACAUACUUUACUGUAUUUAGAUAACUUGACCUCAUUCUUCUUACUCUUAAUAUUUUUAAUAACCACUUAUUCUCUUUGAUUACUUCAAGCAAAUCAAGGGUUGUUUAAAUAGCUGUGACAGUGCUGUGCAAUUUAUAUUCCUUUAACACAGUAUAUGAUUGGUUUACAGAUAAGUAUGUCUUUCUCUCUGUCUUGGAGACAACUCUGGGCAAUGUUAACUGCUGUAUUGUUUUAUGACAUUCUAAUGUAUUUUUCUCCUUUUUCUCUUUUUGUGCCUGAAAGUCUUAAGUAUCACUGAGACAUUUUAAAGAAUGGGUUAUGAUUGAUGAAACGUUAGAAAUGUAACACCAGUUUCAAAAUAUCCCCCAAAAUAAAAGUGGGUAUCUCCUUGUAUUUUUAGAAUUAUAGCCUUGACUGCUUGCCAAAAAUCCAGAGAUCUUGUGUAUUGUGAAUGUAGGCAUGCAUGUACAAGAUUACCAGCAACUAACAAUCUUUUAUCUGUAUGCAUUAUCCUCUGGGAAUUCAUAUUUUCAUCACUGGUAUAAGGAUGCAUUUCAAACAUAUGGCCUUCUUUUCUUACAUAAUGUAUAUAAAAAUCACUUUUAAUGGAGAUGCUGUGAUGAUUCAGAGAUCUUUCCCAUCUCAUUCUUCUUGUUGUUCUGAGAGCUAGGUGCCAAGAGGACUCAACAGUCCAUAUGCCUCAGAGAUUAUUUAUGACACUGGUUUUAACAGUUUUCUCCUUUUUCUUUUAGCAUGCAAUUUUUGUCAUAAAGAGGGCUUCAAUUUUUCUUUGUUUAAAUUGUUAGUCUAUUUUAGUGGCCCUUCAUUUACUGUGUCUAUUUACCCAAUGCCAAACUGCAAGUAUAUAUUAUUUUCCAUAACUGUCAUUUUGUUCUGAGUCAUAGUAACUGGCUGAAUUCAUACUGUUAUCAAUAAAAUGCAUUGAUGUUUUCAUGCA